CCUCGACUAACGGUCAGAAUGAUGCUGUUCACUCUCAUCUCAAUUAUAUCUUGCGUCGCUGCAUAUCCACACGCCAAUGAGCAAAAAAGUGUCACGUCAAUCGAAAAUGAGUCUUUACUACUACACGGAUUUCAUCGUGAGGCCAAUUCUCAGAUCCGCAUCGCCGCAAACCUAGCUGACGGUGCACCUCCGCAAUUAUCCUCUAAUAUCGACGAUAAUCUUCGACUUUUCGAUAACGGACGCACGACCGUCGAUCUCGGCAGAGACAUCAAAUUAGCUCCCGGAUCUAAUCCGCAAGGGAAUGCUCAGUUAGAUAUCAUACGUAAAGUAGGCGAAAAUGGCUUCCUCAGGGUUUACAGUGACCUAUACCUCAAUGACGGUAUAUUUCGACGGAAGAGGAGAGCAGCAUCUAUGGGGCCCCAUUUUCGCUCUGAAGCCGAAACGUUAGGUAAAAAUAAUUUCGUGGGUCUUCAACGAGGUGCUGGUGGUCAUGGUGUACAAUCCGCGUUUGACGCUAAUGUUGGUUCGCGUUUUGGAAGAGAGUUGAUUGAUGAGAUCGAAGAAGAAAUAAAUCACCGAAGAAGAAGAGACAAACUUUUAUCACUGUCUGAUUAUAUCAGGUGUUAACGAAAACAACACUUUAUGAAAGCAUUCAAAACUUACAUGUCAGAAACGCAAGUUUAUUGAUAAUAAAGUUUUACUAACGCAUCAAGCAUAUAAA